AUGGAGAAUGCAAGGAAAAAUGAUACAAGUGAGUCUUCUGAGACCCAAAUGAACAUAAUGGAACAGAGGCUUGCAACAUUGACCGAAGCAAUGACACAACAGCAGAGACAACAACCUUUUCCCCCUCUGCCUCUGCCGGUACAAGUUGAACCUGAUAAUAACGACAUCAUCAACCUAACUCAGACGUUCUUGAAGAUGAAACCAUCAGCUUUCAUGGGUGGUAUUAAACUGUUGAAAGUAGAGACAUGGUUACUUGAAAUAGAGAAGUUGUUUGAAGUUUUUCCCUGUACCGAGACUCAAAAGGUUUUAUUGGCCACCUAUACUCUCAAAGAUGAAGCUCGGAGAUGGUGGUUACUAAUCCGGAAUACCAAUGGAAACAUGACAUGGGCUCGAUUCAAUGAAAUCUUUUAUGAUAAGUACUUCCCUCAGUGUUUUCGAGAUCGGAAAGUGUCUGAAUUCCAAAAACUCAAGCAAUGCAGGAUGUCCGUAGCUGAGUACGAGGCUAAGUUCAUUGAGUUAGCCAGAUUUGCUCCUUAUAUGGUGGAUACCAACUAA